AUGGCUUUCCACCCUCAAACUGAUGGGCAAUCUAAACGAACAAUACGAACAUUGGAAGAUAUGUUGAGGGCAUGUGUAAUAGACCUUGGGGUUAGGUGGGAUCAUUAUCUACCCUUAAUGGAGUUUGCUUACAACAAUAGCUUUCAAGCUAGUAUCCAAAUGGCACCAUUUGAGGCAUUAUAUGGACAGAGGUGCAAGUCACCAAUUGGGUGGCUGGAGGAAAUAGAAAGGAAACUUUUGGGGCCAGAGUUGGUCUCACCAACAAAAAGGGUAUUGAGGUUCGGCAAUAAAGGAAAAUUAAGUCCUCGGUAUGUAGACCUUUGUGAGAUCUUAGAAAAGAUUAGAGCAGUAGCAUAUCGGUUGGCACUACUGCUAGACCUCUCGAAUAUUUAUCCGGUGUUUCAUGUGUCAAUGCUUAGGAAGUAUAACCUGGAUCCAUCUCAUGUAAUACGGUAUGAAACCAUUCAGUUGAGAGAUGACUUAACCUAUGAAGAGCAACUGAUGGUUAUCCUUGAUAAGCAAGUCAAAAAGCUCCAUUCAAAGGAUGUAGCCUCAGUGAAAGUGUUAUGCGAAACCACACCACUGAAGAGGUAA